UUGGCAAACAAUGAUUUUAAUACUUUAUCUUUAAAAUACCCUUGUAAAAAAUUCAUGGGUAACUUUUUUGAUUAUAUAUGUAAUCUUUCGGAAAAGUUUGAUUUCCCGAUAAUUGUUUUGGAGACUAAAGACGUUCUAAGUUCUCAAAUGGAACAUAGCCCUGAAAGUUCACAGGUUACAACACAAGAUCACAAUAUUGAGAAUGAUUAUGGCACACCUUUUAUCGAUCAAUCAGAUGGUUUAAUAAGACCAACUCAUGCUACAAGUAUCCGAUCGAAUAAGUAUGUCGAUUCAUUUCGUAAAUUUCAUAAAUUCUCUGAGCAAGAAUUAAAUCAACAAUUAGAACAAUUCAAAAAUAGUACGACUGAUGAUCAUGAAAUAACUGUUCAAUCUACUGACAUGGAGCAGGAUGGUUUUACAUCGAUGGAUCCAUUAAUAGGUUCUUCAUCCAAUGUCAUAAGUAACAUAAGUAACAAAAGCACAUCAAAAUCAAAAUCAGUUGUUGAGACUGUUGAAAGACAAUCGCCGAUAAUUGAAAGACAAUCUUCGAUAAUUGAAAGACAGUCGUCAAUAAUUACGGCUCCUGAGUCACCAGAAAUUCCGCAUGCUGAUGACGACAUGAUUAUUGAAUCGGUUGAAACGGAUAAAAAUGAUUCACCUAAGAAGCGAAAAUCAACGGCAUUACGACAGGGUGGUUGGACUCAGAGAGAACUAAAUUUCCUUAUUAAAGGAAUGGAGAAGUAUGGAACUAGUUGGUCAAAGAUAGAAAGAAAAUAUGGAAACCCUGGAGGUCCGCUUAGUAGGCGAACACAAGUGAACAUGAAAGAUAAAGCACGAUCAGAGUUAGAUCGUCGAUUAAGGUGUGGAUUGUCACCGGGAUUUGGCAAAGGGUUGAUUAUUGCAAAGGGUUGGUGUUUGCAAAGGGUUGAUUUAUUGUAG